UCCCUCCACAUUUGUACAUGUUUAUUUGAAAGGGUACGAUGCUUGUGCUGGGUUUGUGUCGAGCCAGGACAAGUUUGUGUUUGUGAACCGCCCCGUCGGGAUGGACUCAACCAGCACGGAGGGACGAUGGGGACGCCCCACUUCCACAGCUGCUUCUUAAGUAGCUAAACUGGCCGUCAUGGAAGACUUCGGUGUUUGAUAUAGAAGAUGGAACUACGUCGCAAACGGUGCUUUAAAUGGGUGCCUUAAAAAGGAGUCCUCCUAACAACUUAAAGACGAAUGAGUGCUUCGGUUCGGUGACGACUCAUGGAUGUGGAAAAGCUGCUGCAUUCACGCCUGGUGAAUUUGGCCGAGCCGAUGAGUUUAGUGAUGGAUGAUCGUUUAUCUGCUAAGAGGGUGUCCACCAAGAGCAAAGCCCCGUCCCCACCUGCACUCGACCCUUUGGAUUCCUCCCAUUUCUCCCACUGGUAUCCAGGCAGCACUCCUUUCACCAUGGACCACAAGGACGCUCUCAUCCAUAAAGAACUGUCUCUGGUUGUGGUUUUGCCGGACGGCGUGGAAAAGAUGACCACAGUUCACGGCAGCAAACCUCUCAUGGACCUGCUGGUCACGCUCUGCGCCAGGUAUCACCUCAACCCGUCCAGUCACACGCUGGAACUGAUGACGGCCGGCCGGCACAACAUCAAGCUCAAGCCCAGCGCUCUCAUCGGGAGCUUGGAUGCCGAGAAGAUCUUGCUCAAAGCCAAAGGGGAUGAGAAGAACAAGAAGAGCGGUCCUCAUGUGCCAGAGGCCACAGUCCGGAUGGUCAUCAACUACAAGAAGAGCCAGAAAGCCAUCCUCAGGGUGAACCCCCAAGUCCCCCUGACGGAGCUUCUGGCGGCAAUCUGUGAGAAAUGUGAAUUUGCAGAGGAGAGCACCGUCCUGCUGAGAGACGCCCGCUCCCCGGCCCCCUUGGACCUGUCCUGUUCCCUCAACGAUUACGCAAUCAGGGAGCUUUACGCAAGAGACACCAGAGGCGCCGCUUCUCCUGGCGUUCCGACCCCCCAAACCCACGCCGCAGCAGUUCCGCCUGGAAAAGACAAGCAUCAGAAAGAGAAGGAAAACAAAGGCCUCUUCAGCAAGUUUCGAAAAAGCAAGAAAACACCCGAGCAGGCCACCACAGUCAGCGCCCCCGCUUCCCCGGUGCUGGUGACCAAGCCUCGACCACUCAGCAUGGCCUUGCCCAGCACCGCCUCCCCUCCGCUCGGGUCCCCGACCUCGCCCGUCGGCGAGGCGCCCAAGAAGAGACGGGCGCCCCUGCCGCCCGUUCGCGUGUCCCAGAGCUGCCGCGCCGACCCCCGCCAGAGGCUCUACUCGGAACCCAACCCCUUGCCGGACUCUGAACAGGUGUCGGGUUUGAGCCGUGGAUCCUCCGCGGAGUCGUCCCUGAAGAGAACCAAACGGAAAGCUCCUCCUCCACCGACACCACAAACGCUUCCUCCUCAAGAAAACACUCAAGCAGACGUUGCGGAGGUGGAAGCGCUGCAGGAGAUCAUGGAGGAAACAUCAGGCGCUGGCAUCCAGAGGGAAGGUCCAGAAGUCGGCCUCGGGGAAGAUCAGCUCGGUGAUCUGUCCUCAGAUGGCAAGUACGAACUCUUCAUGCACGCUCAGGACGAUGUUGGCGCUUUGCCGCUUCACACGCGGGUGACCGCACCGGAUGGCACGCAAUCAUCUCACCUGGCAGAGAAUGUGGAGUGUCAAGUCGGAGGUGAACAUCAUGAGUCCAAGUGUGAAGAUGUUGCCAGUGUGGAAGAGGAGUGUGACGAUGCAAGGAGUGACCUUCCAGAGUCCGCUCGGGAUGCAGGAGCAUCUGUUGAGGAAACGAGGAGCACCUCCAGGCAGGAGAUGGAGAUGAUCUGCACAAUAUCACGCCCUGCCGGUGAGGACGCAGAGGUUCAAACGGAUUUCACGCCGGUUCCUCAAGAACUCCCUGAAGUUCUGCCUUCCACGGAGGAGACACAAACGUCAGCCUCCGAGAUUUCCUCAUGCCUUCCUGCGUCUCCAGAAGCCGGCGUGAAGGCGGAGCCAAAGCCCAAAGCAUCCAACGAGGUGACGAGGGACUACCUUCCCAAGGUGGGGAUGACCACCUACACCGUGGUGCCUCCCAAAACCAACGAGAAGCUGAGAUACUUUGAAGUUGCACUGACACUGGAGUCGCCACCCCCCUAUGCAGCACAAGAAGGGCAGGGGCGGCACCCCCACGCACCCAGGGACCAAUCACUGAGCAGCACCCCCGCCAGCCAAGACACUGUCCAUGGACGUCCGCAUGAAUCCUCCAGCUCACCUCCGGCAGGUUCACCAGGAGAGCCCCAGGCCACCAGAACCCCGCCCGCGACCAAACCCAAACCCAAAACCGCUUCCUUCCGCACAUCCAAGCACAAGAUUCCCGGGUACUACGUAACCUCAGCCGCUGAGAAGAGUCCGGGUACCGGUCCCGCUUCCAUCCAAGUCCAUAACGCAGCGUUACCUCCUGCACCUCCACCACAGCAGAAGGAGGGUGCCGAUCAGCAGGCCGGCCCUGAAAGUGACAUGGGGGUGGCGAGGGAGAGCCGCCCCCCAUCAAGGGAGUCCGGCUUCGGGUUAAGCUUGGAAAAGCUGCGGAGCUUUGCCGCCCCCAGGCCUUACUCUCCCAAAACGCCGUCCCGCUUCGCCCAGGCCGUGUCCUCCGCCGUCAAACGCAGCCACUCUUUGUCCCACGGCCCCAGAUCACCCACCGGCCCCCCCCUCAUACCCUGCCCCUCCACUCCCCCUCCCCCUCCCCUCCAUUCACUCAUUCACAAAGAUGCUCUCUUCAGUACCAAGGAGGCGGGGGGCGUACCGGGAGGGACGGACGGCACGCCGGCUGAGAUGGCGGUGGAGAGUCACCUGUAGCGACGCCUUGAGACGUCAUCAUCUACUGAGUUUUCCAAGACAGCCGAGACUCUGCCACCCCCACCCCAACACGCUGGUGUUGCUUUGGUGGAUUAUUCAUGGGUCAUUUCAUUCGGUCAUAACCUGACUUGAUUUGCAUCAUUUAAUGAUGUUUGUGUUACGGUCUAACUUGCUGUGUUCAGUAGCAAAUUAGAAGACUUCUAUAAAUUAUGAGGAUGAUUGUUUUUGGCUUUAUGAAAGUCCAGGUCAGGCUUACGGUACUAAAUAUCAUUUCUAUUUAAAUGUAUGACUUGUAUGCCAAUAAUAAAAGGGCAAGUGGAAAGCGGUGUGCACUUUACAUGCUAUAG